AUGGGCUGCAUAGGAUCUUCUCAGGCCAGAAACGAAGGCGGAGCAAGACGCGAGAAAAUCAAGAAACCUAAACCGUGGGCGCAUACCGAGCCAAUCACAAGGGCACAGCUUAUGAACAUGCGUGAGGAGUUUUGGGAUACUUCUCCACACUAUGGUGGUCAAAGAGAGAUUUGGGAUGCACUUCGAGCUGCUGCUGAAGCUGAACUGACACUAGCGCAGACAAUUAUUGACAGUGCAGGCGUGAUUGUUCAAGGCCGUGAUCUAACAUUGUGUUGGGAUGAAAGAGGUGCUAAAUAUGAGCUUCCUAGGUAUGUUCUAAGUGAGCCCACGAAUCUGAUCCGAGAGCAGGGACAGUAA